AUGAGUCGAUUACGGUCUCGUGGACUGCAGGAUGCAGAUGUUGAGGAAUGCCCUCAGGAUCCAACCUUGGAGGGUGAUGGCGCACCCAAAAAGCCCGUGACGGCCGAGGAAGCCUUGGAAAUUGCGAUUGGAGAAAGUCAAGAUGUCGAGUAUACUAUUGACUCAGACAACUCUCCUUACCUGGAGGUCCGUGCCAAUGUACCGAAUACGGAUGAUCCGACGUUACCGAUCAACACCUUUCGAAUGUGGUUUUUGGGGAUCGUAUUUACCCUGGUCGGCACGGGUGUGAACCAAUUCUUCUCUAUGCGCUAUCCCAGUGUUACAAUCACUUCCCUGGUAGCGCAGCUUAUCAGCUACCCCGUUGGGUGCUUUUUCGCAAAAGCACUACCCAUCAUGACGAUACGCGUGUUUGGUCGGGAAAUCCCUAUCAACCCUGACCACCAUUUCAAUGUCAAGGAACAUGCAGUAAUUACGAUCAUGUCAAAUCUUAGCUUCAAUCAGUCAUGGGCAAGUGCUAUCAUACAGGCACAGAAGGUGUAUUUGGGCAUGCCGACCCCAGUAGGAUACCAAAUCUUGCUAGCGUUGUCUAUGCAGAUGUUCGGACUCGGCCUUGCGGGCCUAUCAUACAGAUAUAUAAUAGAGCCACCACAUAUGAUUUGGCCUUCUACUUUGGCGAAUGCAGCUCUAUUCCAAACUUUGCACAGUGGCGCAAAUCCUAUAGCCGAUGGCUGGAGAAUUUCCCGGUAUCGGUUCUUCUUGUACGUCUUCAUUGGCAGCUUUUGCUGGUACUGGCUUCCUGGAUAUAUAUUCACCGGGCUAAGUACAUUUGCUUUUAUCUGCUGGGCAGCUCCAAACAACAAAGUGGUAAACAAUUUGUUUGGAAUGACGACUGGCCUCGGAUACAUGCCCACCACAUUCGACUGGAGCCAAAUUGCCUACAACUCUUCUCCCUUGACAAUCCCAUUUUGGGCACAGGCAAAUGUCUUUGCUGGUUGGUUUUGUAUUUAUGCUGUCAUUGCGCCAAUCUUGUACUAUACCAAUACCUGGUACACUGCCCACCUACCUCUGACCGGCUCUGACGCUUACGACAACACCGGAAAUCUCUACAACUCGACCCGGAUUCUGAAUGACGAAGGUAUAAUUGAUGAUGCUAAGUAUCGGGACUACAGCCCUAUUUUCUUACCCAUCACAUUUGCGCUAAGCUAUGGCGUUGGGUUUGCCGUUCUGAGUUGUCUUUUGACUCACGUAGUCCUCCAUCAUACCAAAGAUAUCCUUGAUACCUUCAGGGGUCAAAACAAGAAGGACAUACAUGCACGUUUACUUUCACGCUAUCCUGAUGUUGCAUGGUGGUGGUAUGCGAUCUUGACAGUCAUCGUUGUGGCUGUUGCCAUCAUGGUCCAAUAUGUCUGGAACACCGGGCUUCCUUUCUGGGGACUAUUCAUUACCCUAGCUCUGGCUACGCUUUAUGUGAUUCCGGUCGGAACUGUGUAUGCCGUGGCAAACCUCAACGCCAAUGUUCUAACUGUUUUGGGAGAAAUUGUGUCUGGUUAUUUGCUCAAGGGAAAGCCGCUUGUCCUUCUAAUCUUUAAGUUUUAUGCAUACACUGGUCUUAGUCAAGCAAUGUACUACGGUGCUGACAUGAAGCUUGGUUUGUACAUGAAGGUACCACGGCGAACACUGUUCGUCGCUCAGUUGAUUGCCUGUAUCCUCGGCACUCUGACACAGAAUGGUGUCCUGCUGUGGAUGCUUGGGCAUGUCAAGGACGUAUGCGCAAACGACCAGCCAAACAAUUUCACCUGCCCCCAAGGUCGAGUCAACUAUAACAGUGCUGUAUUCUGGGGAGCCAUUGGACCCGCACGACUUUACAAUAUUGGGCAGAGGUAUUCUGGACUUCUUCACAUGUUCUGGAUCGGUGCACUACUUCCCAUCAUUACAUUCUUUCUUCGAAAGAAGUAUCCCAAUAACCGCAUCUUGAAUGCGAUCCAUUGGCCUAUUUUCUUUGCUGGGACGGGAAAUCUACCACCGGCGACUGGCAUCAACUACUCUACAGCGUUUGUAGUCAGCUUGAUCUUCAAUAAGAUCAUUAAAGGUCGUCGACCAAACUGGUGGGCCAAGUACAACUAUGUCCUGUCCGCAGCCCUAGACUCCGGUGUUGCUGUCUCUGCUAUUCUGAUUUUCUUUUCAUUGGUACUUCCUGGCGUUAGCCUUAGCUGGUGGGGAAACAAUGUCAAUGGCGGAACGGUUGAUAGUAAAGGCACUCCGUGGUUAGAGUUGAAGGCGAACGAGACCUUUGGCGAGAGCACUUGGUCAUGA